AUGCUACACUCCAUAGAGGCGGUAGGGUCCGACGACGUCGACAUCGCUCUCGAUGGAGGUAGCUUCCCACCUAAUGCUGAUGGGAAGGCUCUUAUUUCAGUGUACUCCUUGAAGCUGUUGCGCUCGGAGAUCUCGAUCGUGCUGUCGGACCAUUCGACUGCUGAGCAUGUCUUCACUGCCGUCUUCUUCAUAGAGUGGAUAUUGAGGGUCACUUCUGGUGGAUGGGUGUGGAUGUUUGAUAUGUAUAACUUUCUCGACUUCCUCCUAGUCUUCAUCACCGGUGUGAUGGCUAACUGGUUCCUGGAUCCUCUUGGAGUGGAUGUGAGCCUCCUCAGGAAGCUCACAGUACUCCGUGCUCUGCGUCUGGUACGAUUAGCUCGAGCCGUUCGCCUUAUCCCAAUGUUCAAGGAAAUGUGGUUGCUCUUAGGAGGCUUCCUAGACAGUGCUCUCCUUAUACUAUGGACCCUCAUCAUAAUCACUGUACUCCUAUUCAUGUUCUCCGUAUGGGGUGUUGAGAUCAUUGGCCACAAUGCUGGAGUUGCUGCAGAUCCCGUCACUGCCCCUCUAUUCCCUACGCUCCAUCAAGGCAUGUUCACUCUACUGCAAUUGCCCCUCGAGGUCCUCACAUUGGACACCUGGUCAGACUCAGUGGCUCGGCCUUUGAUGAUCCACUUGCCGAGGGUCGGCCUCUACUUUGCGGUCCUCAUGAAUCUCGUCACAGCAGUUGUGGUCGAGAAUGCCUUUGCUCUCGCACGUAAGGAUGAAGAGCAGCAAGCUAGAGUAAAGCAAGCCCAGAAGAGGAGGGAUAUCCUCGACCUCAAAGACCUCUUUAUGGAGUUGGAUGCUGAUGGCAGUGGCGAGCUGGAUAGGAAAGAGUUCGACCAGGCCUUGGGAGAUUCGAAGAUCGUCGACAAGAUGUCCAGCCUUGGUAUCGAGAGGGAGGACAUGCUGAACAUCUGGGACCUCCUCGAUGAUGGUGAUGGCGUACUUACAAUAGAGGAGUUUACGGGAGGUCUGCGUAUGCUCAAAGGAGGUGCUCGAGCUAAGGAGGUGCUAGUCCUACUCAAGCAACUCCGGCGGGCCAUCGUUGACAGUUGCAUCCUUCUAGCCAAUGAGCUUUCUGACCAAGUAUGGGAGCUGUGCGAAUCUGUUGAAGGGACUGUGAAAGACUUGAGUGAUGUCCGACUAGACCUAGGGAUGGCAGCGACAGCUAUUGGCACCCUCCGUUAUUAUUUCCAACAUAUGUAUGAUGUUCGCCUCUUCUCGUCAGUGAGGGUUCAGCUCAGGAAAGAGAUCCAGCAGGAACGUUUCAAGAAUAAGAGAGCUUAUGAUGGUCCUAAGGCGAGAACCACCGCAUUCCGUGUCGAGUCUUGGCUCUACUGGCCCCCAGCCACCUCAACAUGCUGCUCGCAUUGA